GAAGUGCGAAAGAGAGAAAGAGGAAAUGAUCAAAUGAAUCAAAACCCCAAACUCUCUCAUUCUCAACAACGCUUUCUUUCUUUCAUUCAUUCAGUUUCAUCCAUUUUCACUUUUCCUUCUUCUCUCCUUCCCCUUCAAUCUCUGUUUCUGAAUCAAAUGUCCUGACCACAACAGACAACAAACAACAACAAGGUUUUCUGAAAUUCGGGAGGACUUGAUAGGGAGAUGAACAAGGAACAGCGACCUGAACCUCUUGAUUUCUUCAUUUGGACUGUUGAGGAUGUUGGUUUGUGGUUGGAAGAGAUAAAUCUUGGAAGCUAUCGCCAGAUUUUUAAAGAAAAUGGGGUCAAUGGGGAGUAUCUUGAAGGCAUGUCUAUGUUCACAACUGAACAGAUUCUAAGGUUUAUCAGACGAUGCCAUAUGAAAUGGGGAGACUUCAUCACACUUUGUAAGGAACUCCGACGAAUUAAAGUGGCUUGCUUGAAAGGGGAGCAAAAGGUACGUCGGCCAUGGUGGGCACCAUCAUGCCUCUCUAUGGUGUUUCUCAAGGUGGCUAAGCGUAACAGACAAUCUCGAGUUGUUUCCUUGAAGCUGGAACCAUAGAGAAGCGAGGUCAUCUUAUUUGUAUGCGCUCAUGUAUUUCCUUUUAUGCGUGAAGAAUAUAAAGGUAGGGAAGAAACAUAUUAGUUAAUCCUUUUCUAAAAUUUUAAUCAGUCAAUAUCACCCGUUUUUUUCCUCCUUUGUUUAGAACUAUGUCUAUAUACAAGGUUUAUGUGUUCAGUUUGGCAAUCCGCUUGAGGAAAAACAAUGAAGCAACCAAGAUCUUGUUGCAAAUUAUACAAGUUUUGCUCUUUUUCCCUCA